CCUCGCGCUGUUACGGCAGGAACCAGCACACGGCACCGCAGACCCAGAACGAUGAAGCUUCAACUUCUGUUGGUGGCGGCCUGCCUGUGUGCGGUCUCGGAUGCUUGGAUUCCCAAGAAACUCCUCAAGAAGUAUGCCAUGAAAAAGAUCAUGGGCAGCUGCUACGGUGAGGAGCUGAUGGCCGAAGUCAAGCGCGAGAUCAAGGCCGCGUGCGACAAGUGCCACGGUGAGGCAGGACCCGAGCUGCCGCAGCUGCGUAGCCAGCUGGCCUCCAUGUUUGGUGCUGCGAACGUGGCCCAACCCGUCGCCUACCAGCAUGCCGUGCAGUACGUGCCCGUGCCGGCGCCCGUCCGCUUCCAGCCGGUAUCGUACCAGUACCAGCGCCGCUGGAAGAGGAGCCACCACGGAUCCAUCACUCCGGAAAAGCUGGAGAUGAUGCGCGUGAAGGCCUCCUCCAUGGUCGGCAACAUCACCUGCGUCAUGAGGGAGAUGAAGAUGCUGGACAGCAACAACCAGGUGGACUUCGUGUCCAUCGAGAAGCGCAUCAUGGCGCUGCCGGUGUCCAAGGAGCUGAUGGAUGACUUGAAGGAAGGCAUGGAGCGUUGCCGUGACUUCGCCGCCUGCAUGCCCAGCCAGGUCUUCGAGAAGUCUCCCAUUCUGGCCGGCUUCGGCAAACAGAUGGCUUUCUUCAAGUGCUUCAAGAUGGCGAAGGUCGAGUCGUGCAUGAAGCAGGACUUCCGCGAGGACUACUACCCGAUGCUUCUGCGCAGCGGACUGGACAUGGGCGAGGACGAGAGCUUCCAGACCAUCGUCACUUCCAUGCUGCUGGAGGAGGCCACAAACAUGUAAACGCCUCCAGGAGAGCGGGCUCAGCCCAGCACGAUAGGCGUUUACACUUGGAGGACCUACCGCCUUGCUGUGGUAGAGACACUGGCUGGCUGUUUUGUGGCGUUUGUUUUGGCCCUUCGGUGUCAUUUUCCUAGAUGGAUUUCUCGGUUCGGUCCGUGUCCUAUAUGAUCUAGACGAAUACAGCUGUCAAAAUCUA